AUGGAAUCCUCUGCAGCAAAAACUGAUUCGGACAAUAAUAGCCAGGAUGUUUCUUCGGAUGAAGAAGGCAUCAAAAACAUUGGCGAUGGGAAAACCAGCGGCAAGAAGAGAUCUCUGCCCGCAUCAGAAGAGGAAAAGAAGGCGGAACGACGAGCUGCCAAUCGACGAUCUGCCUUUCAAUCAAGACAAAGAAGAAAAAUUCUGAUUGAAGAUUUGCAGCGAACUGUUGCUGGACUCUCCAAGGAAAACACUGACCUUCGCAAGAGCAACGAGGACCUCCGCGUUCAGCUGAAAGCUAUCCUUCUGGAAAACCACCAGCUUCGCAUGCAGCAGCAAAUGCACAAUCCUAAUGUUGGUGCUACUGAUCUCAUGCAAGCUUCUGCACUCCUCCGUGGAGGUGGCCAGAACUCCGCCAUUGCUCAACUGUUGGGAGCUGGAGGGGUCGCUGGGCAGCUCGGAGGACAGGCCCAGCCCCCAGCCGCAGCGGAUGCGUCCGCUGGAAAUGCUCCUACAAGUGCUCCCAAUGGAGAUAAUGACUCUCUAUUGAACUCAAGACUUGCUCUUGUAGCAGCUCAAGCAAGAGCGGAUGAGCUUGGACAGAGUCAAGAUGGAGCCACUGCUACAGCACCACCCGCACCAUCCAAUGCUCCACAAGCGUCAGCGCCCCAGUCCUCCAAUGGAAACGCUCCAAUGUCAGGAAUGGACCAAAACCAAGCCUUCAAUGGACUGCAAAGUCUCUUUGAUAGUGCUCGACAAGGUGGAUUGCAAGGUUCUCUAGGUGGGAAUCAUCAGCUGAACGUUCUCCAAGGACUUUUGGAAAACUCUGCCUUUGGCGGCGGAGGAGGGGGAGGAGGAGGAGCACCUGGGGGUGCAAUGGGAGGGCUGGCUGCCCUGUAUGACAGUAUUUCCAGGAAUCCUGGCAUGGGCGGCGGUCGAUUGAAUGACAUCCAACGAGCUUUGUUGGCCUGUGGGGGAGGAAACAAUGCAGCAGGAAUUGCCGGUCUGACGGCACCCAAGCCUGCCAACAAUGGAAACGACAAUACGGUUUCCGAUGCCUUGCGAAACCUACUGCAAAAGAACCAGCCCUCGUAA